AACCAUGUGACCAAACCCGGAAAUGAGGCAGGCAACAACACUACAGUAGCUUAGUCACAACAUUUCAAUCCAUAUCCACAAGAAGUGUAUAGGCUUUUUUUGUUUUACAAGCUAAAAGGUGAAUGACGCUAAUGUUAUGUAACUCAUUCUGCGGCCCCAUUUGGUAUCCAUUAUUAGACCACUUGACUUUGAGCCAGGAGAAUGAACGAACAAGGAAGUAAGAAGUUGCAAAUCGCAACAAGUGAGAAACUUCAAAGAUUCGAUACUUUACGUGGUAAGCAGGUGCAACCUGGAGAGUUUUGGGAUCUAGUUGUGUUAACUGCUGUGGAUGAUGACCAGAGAGAAGCAUAUGAGCUUCAGAUCUCAGAGAAACUUGAGAGGAAAGAGAUCCCACUUGGCAUUCCUUAUCACGUGUUCUCAGAUCCACCAGGAGCCAAAAUAGGAAAUGGAGGCGCGACACUGCACUCCCUACAACAGCUGGAAGACAUCUAUGGGAAGGCUUUGGGUGGAUACAGGGUCCUCCUAAUUCAUGCAGGGGGAUUCAGCCAGCGCUUGCCCAAUGCCAGUGCCCUGGGGAAAAUCUUCACCCCCAUGCCUCUGGGAGAUCCUCUGUACCAGAUGCUGGAGCUCAAACUGGCCGUGUUUGUCAAUUUCCCCUCGCAAAUGAAACCGGGUGUGCUGGUGACCAGUGCGGAUUGCAUAGAGCUCUACAGCAUAGCAGAGGAUGAGAGUAUCAGGUUUGACAGGUCUGGGUUCACUGCCCUAGCCCAUCCCUCCCCCAUCUCCAUUGGAACCACACACGGAGUGUUUGUGCUGGACCAGCAGGAGAAGUCUGAAUUGGCCGACAUGGAAUACAGGACCUGCCUCCAUUUUCUGCACAAACCUAGCGUCAAGAAGAUGCAUGACAACGGUGCUGUGUGUAAGAACGAGGAUAACGUUGUGUCUCUGCUGAGUGAUGCAGAGUUUGUCUACACAGACAGUACAUAUUAUGUGGACUACCAGACUGUGAUGUCUUUACUUAGUCUGUUCAGAGAGGUGCGUCCUUUGGGCUGCGAGAUAGAUGCCUAUGGGGACUUCCUUCAGGCCCUGGGUCCCCAAGCCACGGUGGCGUACACCAACAACACAGCCAACGUCACCAAGCAGGAGAGCAGCCUGGUGGAGAUGCGUCAGAAGAUCUUCCACCGCCUCAAGGGAACCCCGCUCAAUGUGGUGGCCCUCAACCACUCCAAGUUCUACCACAUCGGCACCACCACCGAGUACCUCUUCUACCUCAGCGAGGACCCGUGCCUGAGGAGCGAGCUGGGCCUAUACAAGGUGCUAGGUUGCAACCAAAACUUCAGCUUUAAGGUCUGCUGUGAGAUGCUCAGUGACUUGAAGCCCGGCUCCUCUUUAACUCCAGGCUCGGUGGUAGAGUACUGUAGGCUCGAGGCCGGCGCCCACGUGGGUGGGCGGACCAUCCUCAGCGGCUGUUGGGUAGGCGCGGGCCUAAAGGUGCCCGAUGGAACCUUCAUACACUCCCUCUGCGUGAACCGCCAGGGCCAAACAGGUUUCGUCACCGUCGCCUUCGGCAUCGAGGACAACCUCAAAAAGGCUGUGGGGGCCCCUGCAAAUAUGGAGGGGUUGAACCUGUUCGGGGCAAGUUUGGUGGAGUGCCUGGCGAAGUGGGGCCUGAGCCCUGAGAGCCUGAGGUUCUCUGGAGACACAUCGAGUUGUAGUUUGUGGAACGCCUGUCUGUUCCCUGUGUGCCCGGAUAUGCGUGACUCGUUCUCCCUGACUCUGGAGAUGGUGCAGGCACUGCAGCCAGGCGUAUCCACUGUCACACUGCCUCUUGGCACCAAGCUGAUGUCUCUACAGGAGGCCCUGCAAUCUAAACACCUGGAGAAGAUGCUCAAGUACAGGAAGAGACUCAUGGAGGACGUGGAGAAGAAGAAAUGGAGCUGACUGUGAACUAUAGGGAUAACUAGGCUAAUAUUGAUUGUAAUACUAUUGUUCCUUUGUAAUCAUGAUAGGAAUGAUUGUGUGUUAACUUGAACUGAAAAAGGAAUACAAUGUGGUGGGUAGUUGAUGGAGUUCAUGUUAAUGAUUAACAGGUGGAAAGGUUGGAUCAGCUGUUUGAUAUUUUGGAUGUAGAUUUUUUUGUUUUGUUGCAAAGAUUUUAUAUUUUUGUGGUAUUUAAAAAUGUGUCUAUGGGGAAAUUAAAUGGUAAUGACAAUCCAUUUUGUAACAAUGACUGAAAAUAUUUCAAAAAAUA